GGGGCCCUUUCCGGCUGCCCGCUCGCCCCAAGGUGCCUGCGGAGCUCGGCGCCGGCCGCGCGGCGGGGCCGGGACCGGGACCGGGACCGCGGGGCCUUCCCUGGGCGCCGGGCGCCAUGAUGGUGGGCAGGACCGGCGCCAUCGCGGCGGGGCUGUGCGGGGCCCUCUUCAUCGGCUACUGCAUCUACUUCGACCGCAAGAGGCGGAGCGACCCGAAUUUCAAGAACCGGCUGCGGGAGCGAAGGAAGAAACAGAAGCUUGCCAAAGAGAGAGCAGGGCUUUCCAAGCUGCCUGAUCUGAAAGAUGCUGAAGCGGUUCAGAAGUUUUUCCUUGAGGAGAUUCAGCUUGGCGAGGAACUACUAGCUCAAGGUGAAUAUGAGAAAGGUGUUGAUCACUUGACCAAUGCCAUUGCUGUGUGUGGACAGCCACAGCAGCUACUACAAGUUCUACAGCAGACUCUUCCACCGCCAGUGUUUCAAAUGCUUCUAACUAAGCUCCCUACAAUAAGCCAGGCGAUGCUGAGCUCUUCUGAAGUAGAGACACCUGACUGCAGCUCUGCUACUAUAAACAGAUCCAGGUUUCUCAAAUACAUGAUGGGGGAGAAUUGUAAGUGCACAGUGCUUGGCUGAAGAUGAUGUUGAAUGAGGUCACACCACCACAGGGGGGGGAAAAUGUUUUCUUACCCCAGAAGAUGAGCAUCAGUAGGGGGAUAAAGGGGCAAACAUAGUAGUUAAUGGACUGUGUACCACAUCAGGUUCUACCAGAGUUAAAAUCAACUUUGUGUAGGUGGGUUUCGCAGGAUUUUAUUUAUUAUCCCAGUGAAAAGUGUAUUUUGAUAAAAAUUCAUUUUAUAAAUACACUGUGUUGAGUUAUCAAAGUAUCACUAACUUCAUGAUGAUGAAAAUAUGCAGUUGUAAUGUUGUACAUAUAAAGGCAUAAAACUACAACCUAUUAAAAGCCCAAUGCUCAUUUUUGGAAAAAGUUAUGGCAAUAAAGAUUUAUCUGCA